ACACACACACACCACAAAGAGACCAUAAGCACUGUGCAAUGCGUAGCCCACCAUAUCAUAGAUAAGGGACAGAAACCCAGAGCUGGGAAGAGAGGUGAGCACAGACAGCGUCUGCCUGAGGAGAGGACGCAACAGAGAUGAGUCGGACAGACAAACACGAGCCUUGGCUACCCUGUCACCGCAACCACCGUCCUGUUGCAAGGAACUUCAAAAGGUGCGCAUGAGAAUAAACAUUGUGACAUCUGGAGAGGAGUACCAGGAGAACACAAGCCUAUAGAGACGUUUAUGUUGGUCAAUGCAAGGGACAACAUUUCUUUAACUGUUGCCAGGGAACAAGAACUGUCUCAGGUCAUAGGUGAACUGACCAGAACUAAAUUAAACUUUUGGACAAUUACAGCAUCGUUUUUUUGGCCUUCUUACUUGAGCUCCUCCACAGGCCAUUGGCAUAAAAUAGAUUGCUGCAGAUUUUUUUCUCCCAUGGCGAGCAUUUGGGUCUCUCAACUGGGAACCAUUUGCACAUCCAAGACUUUGUUCUUGCUAAUUUCCUUCCUGCUGCUCCGGGAGCCUCGCUGUGGAAAGGGCAGCCCCAUCUCCAACGCUCAUCAGAGGUAUCGUCCUGAUCCAGGACUGGGGGACGGGCAUGGAGGUGUGGUGGAUCUAUCACCGUUGGAUCAGGACAACAGUGCAAAGAUGAAAAACCUACUGGAGAGCCUGAAGGAGCAGUUUCUGCGGACGUUCAACCUGUCCGGACUGGGUCCUUCAAACCUGUCUUCUGGAACCGCACGAGAGGAUCCACCCGAGUACAUGAUGGAGCUUUAUAACCGCUUUGCUAAUGACCGCACUGCCAUGCCCACAGCCAAUAUCAUUCGCAGCUUCAAAAAUGAAGAUUCAAAUCCCAGUGUUGUGGGAGAAGGAGGGGUGAGACGCCACCCACUGCUCUUCAACGUGUCAAUCCCGCAUCAUGAACGCAUCACAGCAGCUGAACUACGCCUCUACACUCUAGUCCAGACUGACCGUCACCUUUACGCCGGUGUUGACCGCAAGGUCACCAUUUAUGAACUGACAUCGCACGACUGGCUUAACAUAACCGAUGAAAAGACGACACGGGGAGAUGAGUUUGCAGGGGUGGAAGAGCAAACUGAGUUUUUGGAACUGGCUUCACGCCAGGUGUUCGGGACAGAUAAUGGUUGGGAAGCUUUUGACCUCACUGCUGCUGUGCAGCGUUGGUGCAAAUCUGAUGGAGCAACAACACACCGUCUAGAAGUACAGAUUUCCAGCAUCGCUAAUGACGAAAAUGUUGAGAGUGCGAAAGAGGCCAGCAAAGAUGAGGUUCCACUUGAAGGUGACAUGAGGAUUGAAAACAGCCCAGAGGAAAAACAUAAACCCCUUCUGAUUGUCUUCUCUGAUGAUCAGAGCAGUGAUCACCGUGACGACAGGCGUGAGCUGAAUGAGAUGAUAGACCAUGAGACGUCUAGUGCUGUUCUGCAGAACGACUUUGGGACAGACCUGGGUGGGCUGUGGGGCGAGGAGGAUAGUGAGGCUGAACCAGAUGAGGAAGACCUCAUCCAGAUGCGUUCCAACCUGAUCUAUGACACAGCGUCCCGCAUUCGUCGCAACGCCAAAGGAAACCACUGCAAGAAACAAUCUCUGUAUGUAGAGUUUAAAGACAUUGGGUGGGAUAGCUGGAUCCUUGCGCCCACUGGCUAUGAUGCCUUUGAAUGUGCUGGCGUUUGUUCAUACCCAUUGACAAAGCAUGUCACACCUACCAAACAUGCCAUAGUCCAGACACUGGUAAACAUCCACAGUCCGCAGAAGGCAGCACGAGCCUGUUGUGUGCCAACCAAGCUGGACCCCAUCUCCUUACUCUACCUUGAUGACACAGGCGUGGUCACUUACAAGUACAAGUACGAGGGAAUGGUAGUAGCUGAGUGCGGCUGCAGAUAGUCCCCUCUUUCAGACAUUCAAACUUUCUGUGAAGUCUUACCACAACAGGAAGGAUACUAAACACCAGCAGCAAGUUAUUGAGCUGAGGUCUUUGAGAAAUGAAAGGGACAUUGAUUGGAAUCUCUUUUAGAUUUUUCUUCUGAGAUUAGGAGUGCUCAUUUAAAACUGAUGAACAUUUGUGCACUGCAAGUGGACAAACAUGUAUAUUGUACCGUAAAGUAAAGCAAGUACUUCAUCUUGUAGCGGAAAGGUAUGAACAUUAGUCACCAUCUGUCACACAGCGACGUGAAAGUAGAACUGUGCAACAGAUCUACAGUCAGUUUGGUAUCCAGUGAUGGAAAGGUAUGCCCUCAUACCCACAGUGGUGAAAGAAUUUCUCCAAGAACUGAGCCUCUUACAGUUUAUGCAGACUGGUGGGAACUAGUGGGUCAGUCAUCCUCCUUCCUCUUUGUUCCCCUGACAUCUGUCUUCCUCUCCACUUAUCUCUGGCCUCCCCGUGCAAUGCAAACACUAAUCAGCACUUCAUGUGCCUUGGUGCAAAGAAAUGGCCUGCCUCCGGCAACCUGACAAGCCAUGAACUCUCUAGGCCCAGCUCCUGCCUUCUGCCACUGCCUGAUACGUGAGCUCUGUGCAGGGGUCUGGUUGGUAGGGUUGUUUAUCUCAACCUUGCUUUCCACUUCACAUGACUAUUUUCCACCCCCCAGAGCUACAGUGAUAGCAAGGUGUUGGAGGUUGAGAAACAUGUACACCGGUUAUGUUUGGGGCAACUUUUGAUGUGGCGGGGCCAUGGGAGAAUGGAGAAGGGGGCCAAGGGUUGUCCAUGCUCCUUGGUAAACUUUUCAACUAACUGACCCAAGUUCAUGUGGCUCUGGCAGAUCUACAUCUAAGUAAUCCAUUUCAUCCUUGGACAUUUUUUCGGUUAAAAACUGGCCAGGUCUGAAGAAAAUGUGGCAUAGUGGCAAGACUGUCACAAUAUACAAUACCCUACACAAAUUCUUCCCUUUGUUACAAGUCAUUUGAUAUGUCUGCUGCUUGUGUCAAAUAAAAUAUUAUUUAUUGUUCUAAUUUAUUAAUUUCUACAAGAGAGUAAAUGAUUAUAUAUGUACAUUUGUAAGUGAGAGUAGAGAAUAUUUUAUGUUUAUGACAAUGCAAUUGCGGCACAAGUAAAAUAUGUUGGGAAGCGAUAUGGUAACAGUUUGUAAAACAAUAAAAAAAGUACUCAAA